AUGUCAAACCCAUUCUCUAAACGAAGAAAAAUCACUCAUGAUAAUGAUACAAUCCAUCGAGAAUUAUUAGAUUUUGAUUUUGAAAAAGUUUGCCUGGUGACAUUGGAUUCGACAAAUGUAUAUUGCUGUUUGGUUUGUGGAAAGUAUUUUCAAGGACGGUCGAAAUCAUCGCCGGCUUAUAAUCAUGCCAUUACCAUGAAUCACCAUAAAUUCCUUAAUUUAACAUCUGAAAAGUUUUAUAAUUUACCCGAGGAUAUCGAAAUUCCCAAAUCACACGAGCUUCAAGAUAUAUUAGAGUACUUAAACCCGAGGUAUACCCAAAGAGAUAUUGAUCUAUUGCCAAGGAUAUCGUUUGAUUUGAAUAGUGAAAAGUACCGUGUUGGGUAUGUUGGUUUAAACAACAUUAAACAUAACGACUAUGCUAAUGUUGUUGUGCAAGCAUUGGCACAUAUAAAACCUAUUCGAGAUUACUAUUUACAAUUACCAAAUGGUAAUUCAUUGAAUGCAAAGUUUGGCGAGUUGGUUAGAAAAAUCUGGUCCCCUCAUUUAUUCAAGAGCCAUAUUUCACCACAAGGGUUUAUUACCACAAUAUCUGAAGAAUCUAAAAGAAAAUUCACGACAGAGAAAGGAACACCUAAAGCGUUUUUGCUUUGGAUCUUAAAUAAGCUUGACGGUCCAUUUCAGUGUUUGCGAGGGAAAAUUGAAAUUACUUCUACGCCCAUUGUACCUCACGAAGGUAACGAUAAAGUUGAGUUUGUGACUUUGGAGUCAAAGAGGAAAACCACGGAAUCAAAUUUCUGGAUUCUUUCGGUCGAUGUUCCCCUGAGCCUGUUCAAUUCACACGGAGACAAGAUUGAAGAGCUACACUUGGAAGAUUUGCUCUUGAAAUACGAUGGGGAGACAACAACACAAGGUCCGAAAGAUAUUCGAACUUAUAAAGUAACCAAAUUACCACAGUAUUUAAUCAUUCUGUACGAGAGAUCAAAGGAAAGCAAAGCGGUGGUGAAAUUUCCUGAGGUGUUGGAGUUUUAUGGAAAAAAGUACGAAUUGGUAUCAUCGAUACGGAAGAAAGAAACAUGGUCAAUAACUUUGCAUGCGCAACAAGAGUGGAUACUUAUACACAAUUUAGAAGUUAAAACAGUGAGUUCGGAGUUGCUUUUCUUAGAUGAGAAUUAUAUACAAGUAUGGAAUCUAGUUCAAUAA